AUGGGGCGAGUGACCACUGGGGGGCUGAAGGGCGAGCGCGGCUCCGUGGGCGAGCGGGGUCUGCCGGGGAUGCCAGGACAGCCGGGACCCCCGGGACACCCGGGACCGCCGGGCGAGCAGGGACCGGACGGACCCGUGGGGAAAGAGGGACCGCCAGGAAAACCGGGCAUUGCGGGCCCGGCCGGACAGAAGGGUGACGCUGGCUCCCCCGGCGAGAGGGGCUACCCGGGCGAGAAGGGCAGAGCCGGAAUGCCCGGGGGUCCGGGAAAAAGCGGCUCCAUGGGGCUCGUGGGACCGCGGGGACCCGCGGGCGAGAGGGGCCCGCCGGGCUCACCGGGUCCCGCAGGUAGCCCCGGGCUACCGGGCCCGCCGGGGAUGAUGGGAGAUGUGGUCAACUACGACGAGAUCAAGCGCUUCAUCCGGCAGGAGCUCAACAAGAUGUUUGACGAGCGCAUGGCCUAUUACACCUCCCGGCUGCACUUCCCGGUGGAGAUGGUGGCGUCCCCGGGCCGGCCCGGUCCCCCCGGCAAGGACGGGCUGCCCGGCCGGCCGGGACCCCCCGGCUCCCCGGGAAUGCCGGGCCAGAUCGGCAGAGAGGGGCGGCAGGGCGUGCCGGGCAUGCGGGGCGAGCCGGGUGCCAAAGGAGAGAAGGGC